UAAGCAUAGAGCCCUGCAUACAUAUUUUUUUUCCAGUCAAACUUUUUGACAGUGAAAAGUUAUUUUUUCUGAGCAUCUUUUAAGACUGUUGUUGGAUCCCUAUUUUGUCUUUUGAGAUGAUACACGAGAUGCUCAAGUCUCCGCCAAACAAUGGGAGUCAUUGUUCUAAAGGCGGGAAGGCAGGAAACAAGUUUAAGUCCAAAAUAAGCCCAUUGAAACACAUUAGGCUUAUUUUGGACACAUUUUGGUGAGAGUUCAACCUCUUGCUUCGCCUCUUCCUCUCUGAACACACUCAUUAUUAUUUUCGGGUACCCACUCUGCAUGUGUCUUACCAUAAGCGUUAAUAUUUCAAGCACUAUGGUGUGAUGAGGUAUAGAGGAGGCAUGAUUCAUAAUUGAUGUAGCUUCUUGCUUAUAAUUUGCCAAGUUAGAUGUUCUCCACUCAGGUUCCACAAGUACGGCUCGUACACACUCUGUUCUGUAGUGUGACUGUAUAUGAUUUAGGAUAACCUUCACGUCUGACCAAGCCUUUGCAGGCCACUCUCACAAUGCCACAAGUAAUGCCCAAAACUAAGGGCCAAUUUAGGCUAUCAUUUCCAACGCUAACUCCUUCCCUGCUGCCGCCUCUCUCCCCAGGCCCAUGAAGACAGCCACGAGAGCCUGACCUCAGUCCCACGGCGGGACACCAUGGGAAGCUUCCUCCCCGACAGCAGCGCCUAUGAGCUCCUGACCAUCAUCGGCCGAGGCCUGGAGGACUUGAUGACCGUCAACCUUGCCAGAUACAGACCCACAGGGGAACACGUAGCAAUCCGUCGGAUUGACUUGGAGUCCUGCACCAAUGAAAUGGUCAACUACCUGCAGGCUGAGCUCCAUGUAUCUAAGCUGUUCCACCACUCCAGCAUCCUGCCCUACAGGAGCAUCUUCAUAGCAGAGAACGAGCUGUGGGUCAUCUCUCCCUUCAUGGCCUAUGGGUCAGCCAGAGACCUGAUCAGCAGCCACUUCACUGAUGGGAUGAAUGAGCUGGCCAUCGCCUACAUCCUACUGGGCAUGCUCAAAGCCCUGGACUACAUCCACCACAUGGGCUAUGUACACCGGAGCGUGAAGGCCAGCCACGUGUUGAUCUCGGUAGACGGUCAGGUGUGUAUGUCUGGUCUGAGGAGCAUCAUCAGUCUGAUCCGUCACGGCCAGCGGGCCAGAGUGGUCCAUGACUUCCCCCAGUACAGCAUCAAGGUGCUUCCCUGGCUCAGCCCAGAGGUGCUGCAGCAGAAUCUGCAGGGAUACGACUUCCGGUCAGACAUCUACAGUCUUGGCAUCACAGCCUGUGAGCUAGCCAAUGGACAUGUGCCCUUCAAAGACAUGCCAGCCACACAGAUGUUGCUGGAGAAGCUGAACGGGACAGUCCCCUGUCUGUUGGACACCACCACCAUCCCCCCAGAGGAGCUGACCAUGAAGCCCUCCCGCUCUGGAGCUGACUCUGGGAUCUGUGAGGGCCCCAGCACCGGAGGGGCCCACCACUCUAACGGAGAGCCCUCCAACUCAGGGAGCCACCCCUACAGUCGUACCUUCUCUCCCCACUUCCAUGCCUUUGUGGAGCUGUGUCUCCAGAGGGACCCAGAGAAGAGACCCUCAGCCAGUGCUCUCAUUGGUCAUUCCUUCUUCAAACAGAUUAAGCGUCGGCCAUCGGAGGCUCUGCCUGAGCUGUUCCGGCCCAUAAAGCCCAUCACGGGCUUUGAGAGUACCCAGCCUCAGGACGCUGCCUCUGUACUGGCCAGCCUGGAGUCUGGCCUCAGCCACAUGGAUGUGGAUGACUGGGACUUCUGACCACAGAGGAACAGGAAAGAGGUGUGUGUGUAGUAACCAAGAGACGCUCAGACUGGAUUUACGCUUUCUUAUUAAAAUGGCCCAUGUAAAUAAUUCAAAGCAGUUUCUCCUCCCGUUGACUGGGUUUAAAAGCCAGCUACCAUCUCUCUAGUCUAAAAGAUGCAUGAGCAGACAGACCCUUGCACUGACUGACACCCAAUUCCUCUCACGCACACAUCUCUCCAGAUUCUACUACAGCUCUGGACCUGUCGAAGAACUGUAUGGGCGAGUAUGUCCAGUCAGCUCUUUCACUUGCCAAUGGAGAUGUUCCAUUAAAGGUAUAGCAGAGACUACCUAUUUUUUUCUGAGCUGUACUUGACCCAUCUGUUGACAUUAAAGACCAGGAACUGACCGCAUUACCAAGGGUUGAUCCAAUCAGCCAUCACAACAGAUGGAAGAUUCCAGAAGUUUGUCCAAGGCUAUCACGAACCAGACAGUGUUUGCAUUUCCUCAUACUGAACUGUCAGUUUUACAGAGAGGGAAGAAAAAAUGUUUCUACCUGAAACCCUCAACUGAAGAUAUAGCAAAGCAAGUUAACACUAGACUGUGCCAACUGAGGUCCAUGUAUUUGAUUGACCAUUUUAUGUCCUGCAAAAAAUUUAAUGUUACAAUGGUGCUUGUUUCAGAUAGUUUGUCUGGGUUUCAUGAAGGGAAAGUGUUGGGAGUGUCAACUAUUUUACUUGAUAAUAAACACCUUUCACCUCCGGGC